CUACUAUACACUGUUGGUCGGGAUAAAUAACCGGGAAGGGUUAUAAAUUGACAAAGUGCCGCGCGUACUCUCAGGGAAUAUACUUACCAACAAAGAAGUUAUGGGAAGAAAAGUGAGGGGAUACACAAUGACCUUCAUGAUACUCCAAGGCUCACCGAGCAAGUAAUUAAGUGUUAAUAAACUAUCAUGCCGUGACCUUAAUAAAGACCGACGAAUACAUUGUCCAUCGCUCCCGAGCGACUUGAGAUUAAUUUUAGAAUGAUGAAGACCAUAAAUCGAUGACUAACUUGGGUAUGGACCAGUACCACGGCACGAUUGCGGUUGUUGCAGGGACGGCCUUCAAACUCAGGAAUGAACUCUAUAGACGGAUGCUAUGUCCCCUUAGGUAUAUUCAACAUAUGCGCGUAAAGAUUAACCACGUGGGAUUUAAACUCCGCACCACUUUGACAUCAUAUCCCUCACGUCCCCUUUUAUCCAAAGCUUAAUUUUGAGGGGUCCAUCCCAGGAAGCUGGAAACACUUUGAGGAUAUCUUUUUCGAUCACCUCAUUGGCAUCUUUUGUCGAAAGAUCAUCUACCCAGGUAUUCGUUCAUUUAUCCACCCGACACUUAAAAUCUCGUUUGAAAUAGGGGAUAACGUCUCUCAAUAUGCCUGGACACUCUCCUCUAAGUUCAGAUCCUGUCCCUAAGACGUCGUCUCACUGGUCCGAGAUCGAAGAUAACAUUCUGAAGCAAGCGGUAGCACGGCAUGGCGUAAGUCAUUGGGGUGAUGUCUCGAAGUUUAUCUGGACGAAGAAGAGCGCCGAAGAAUGUCGCGCGCGGUGGGCGGAGAUAGUUCCUCUUCUACACGACGGGCUCGCGCAACGUGAACACGAUCUUGGACAGCAGCGUCGUAAAAGAAGUAUGACGGCUUCAGCGUCGGUGUCAGAGGCGCUCCAGAGUGACGAAGCAACAUACUUCGAACCACUACCACCACCGCUGAUCCGAGGAUGGGAAAAUCCGGGACUAGAGGAAUCUGCUCGGAGUGCCCGGGGUAUUCAGAGUGCGGCUAAGGAUACAUCAGAUCUCCAGCGCCAUACCGAACCUCCUUCCCCUUCACUCCGAGUACCGUCAGCAACGAAACCUCCCCCGUCAUCUCUCACGGCAGCCCUGUCUGCUAGAGGACGUCGCAACACCGAACCUGGAGCUCGGCCACCCCAAACAGCCACGGGUUCUAACGUAGGAGAACGGCCGGGCAGAGAAUGGAGAGCGCCUCAUCCGCUAAUGCCGGGACGGUCCCGCAAACCAUCUGUCCCUGCAAAACACGGCGGCGUCGAGGAAUAAGUACCUACAAUGACUGAUUAGCUGAUCACCCCGACAAUAUAACGACUCGCGGGGUAUGCCGCUUAGUUCGAAGGUC